UCACACUUUGGUGAAGGUGGCAACCUGGGAGGAAGAGUUACACCUUUCAUUUACAACAUUAAACCCAGACGAUAAAGGCCGCUGACUGAGGGAGAAGCUGCAUUUAACUGCAAGAUUGAAACCAUGGAUGUGGUGACUACAGACAAUUACUUCAGUGAAGAUUACACCGACGAUGAAGAUGGAUUCUGCAAUCUAGAUCCUAAUCCUGUGGAGAUCAGCACCCAAACCUACAUCCACUCCAUCAUCUGUGCCUUCGGCCUGAUUGGAAAUGCUCUCGUAAUCGUCACCUACAUCUUCUACAAGAGAACAAAGACCAUGACGGACAGUUAUCUGUUCAACAUGGCUGUAGCUGACCUGAUAUUCGUUGUGGCUCUGCCCUUGAUCAUUUACAAUGAGCAGAACAGCUGGCUGAUGGGGUCUGUGGUCUGUAAGGUGCUAAGGUCAGCCUACAGUAUUAACCUGUACAGUGGCAUGCUCCUCCUGGCCUGCAUCAGUGCAGAUCGUUACAUAGCCAUAGUUCAGGCUCGAAGAUCAUUUGGUGCUCGUUCACGUGCUCUUAUCUACAGCCGCCUCAUCUGCUCGGCUGUUUGGCUGUUUGCUGUGGCUUUGACUCUUCCCACUCUCAUGUAUACUGAGCGCUUUGAGCAGAGCUACCUGGGGGCGGAGAAUGCCACAGUGAUGUGUCAGCUAUCUUUUCCCACAUCACAGACAGCAAAGUUCAUGAAGGUGCUCGUUCCCAGUUUACAAAUGGCCGUCGGCUUCCUGGUUCCUCUGCUGGUGAUGGUGUUUUGUUACUCCAGCAUCAUAAGCACCCUGCUGAGAGCACAGAGCAGCCAGAGGCACAAGGCUGUGCGUGUGGUGUUGGCUGUGGUUGUGGUUUUCAUCGUGUGCCACCUGCCCUACAAUGUGGCCCUACUGAUCCACACUGUGUCUCUGUUUAAGGAGAGGAGCUGUGAGGCUGAGAAGAUAAAACUUAAAGUUCUGGCUGUUUCCAGAAGCAUGGCUUACCUCCACUGCUGCCUCAACCCAAUCCUCUACGCCUUCAUAGGGGUGAAGUUCAGGAACCACUUCAGGCAGAUCGUGGUGGACCUGUGGUGCUUCAGCAAGAAGUACCUCUACUCUGCUCGCUCAUCACGUGGGACGUCUGACAUCUGCAUCUCAGGCCGCAUGUCGUCAGAAGGCUGCAACAAUAUGUCAUCAUUCAGUGCAUAGAAACUACCAAAAACUUCUAAACCAAUGAAGGAGCAGCUUAGCAUCUUUUAUUUGUUGUAAUGA